CUCUUUGCCCUUUUCUUCGUGCUGCACUGAACGGCGAUGGCAAAUGAGCUAGACCAGAAGAUACAGGAUGUCUACAAGCAUAUUCAGACAGAGCGCAAAAUUCUAGAGGCGUCGCAGCUCCUCCGGCAAGCUACCAACAACCAAGACGUUCUCCGGCGUAAUGAAGCUAAGAUCAGGGAGACGGAGCGAUCCCUUUCCUACUUUGAAGAUACCCUACGAGAAUUACAGGCUCGCAAGCUGCAGCAAUCGCAGCCAGAUCCACAGCGGUAUGGCGGAUCUGCAAGCCCUCAGGUCCCUCCAAAAGAGUACGACUUUUCUGGCCGCGGACGAGCGCCCAACUCUCCAGAGCUUGGCCCUAGAGGUGGACCAGGACGCGGGCCACCCAAGGCGAAGACAUAUUCAAAUCUUGACUUAAUCAAAGCCGAUACUCCUCACACCCCGGCCAAGAUAUCAAAGAUGUUGCAUCAGUUAGAAUUCAAACUUCAAGUCGAGAUGCAGUACAAGCAAGGUAUCGAUAAGAUGGCUAAACUAUACCAGGCGGAUGGAGAUAAGAAGUCGAGAGCCGAUGCAGAGAGCAAAAAGGUCGAAAGUGAGAAGAAGAUACAACUUCUUCAGAGCGCUCUCAAGCGGUAUAAGAACCUACACAUCUUAGAUGAUGUUGUAGAGGAAGAAGAUAAUAGCCCCGGAACUGACGGCGAGCGCAAGGAUAACCUACGGUCGAAACCGUUGUCCGGAAUACUUCAGGUCACCGUCAAAGGCGCGCGCGAACUUGACCAUGCUCCCAUCAUUGCCAGAUUCCGUUCGGCAUCCAAGCAGACCGUUGAAACAUCCGUCUCACUGAAGGUCGAAGGGACACAGCUUGCUCGGUCCCAUCCUUCUCGAACUGAUCGCUGGAACGAAGAUUUCGAGAUAACCGUUGACAAGGCUAACGAAGUUGAGAUUGCUGUUUAUGACAAACAGGUUGGUGAACAGCAUGCUGUUCCAAUCGGGUUGCUAUGGAUCAGGAUUAGCGACCUAGUCGAGGCGUUACGGCGACAGAAAGUAGUUAUGGAAAGCGGACAAGGAGGUUGGGUAACAGCAGGUGCAAUGCAUGGUGAUAACCAGGCAGGUCCCCCUGUGCACCCAAAUGCUGCAGCAGACAUGAAUGCGCCUCUAACUUUUGGUGGUGUACCGCCCGGGUCCGCCUCCGGUUACGGUCCUUCUGCGACGGAAGGCAUCGACGCAUGGUUCUCCGUUGAGCCUGCUGGUGCCAUCGCCCUAAACCUCAACUUCAUCAAGGAAAAUGUUCGAAAACGACCUUUAGAUGCCCCUUUGGGAGGUCUGGGUCGUCAAGGCGCCGUCCGCAAACGCAAGGGCGAGGUUCACGAGAUGAAUGGACACAAAUUUGUGCAGAAACAGUUUUAUCAGCUUAUGCUAUGCGCUUUCUGCAGUGAUUUCUUACUGAACGCCACUGGUUACCAGUGUGAAGAUUGCCGAUAUACAUGUCACAAGAAGUGCCACGAGAAGGUAGUCACUAAGUGUAUAUCAAAGUCGAACACCGGUGAUGACGAAGAGAAGAUUAAUCACCGUAUUCCCCACCGCUUUGAACCUCUUACUAAUAUUGGUGCAAACUGGUGCUGUCACUGCGGUUACAUGCUUCCAUUGGGCCGCAAGAAUGCGCGCAAAUGCUCAGAAUGCGAACUUACAUGUCACGCUAAUUGCGCUCAUCUCGUUCCAGAUUUCUGCGGAAUGUCGAUGGAAACCGCCAAUACCCUACUCUCAGACUGGCGCGCAAUCAAAAAGGCCCAGCAGAGUCAACAGCCGUCGGGUGAUCGACUAUCAGCGCCUCUUAGUCGUAUCAACCUCGCUAACGAAGCUGAUCCAUAUGCUCGACCUCCCCCGCCAGUUCAGCAGAUGCCUGAUUCUCGAUACCAACAACAGCCUCCAUCUGUUUCUUACGGCCAACAGCAAACACCUCGACCUGCUCGAGUUCCAGUACCUCCCAUGUAUCCCGAGGUGCAAUCGCAGCCAGUACAGGGCAGACCUCUACCUAGUCAACCGGCCCCGGAACAGCACAAAUAUCCGGGUGGCUAUCAGGAACCUCAGAGGCCUCCUCAACCGACCGCUGCUCCCGUCAAGCAACCCGGCCUUCCGCCUUCACCGGCCCAGAGACCUCCUAGCAUAGGUCCCGGCCAGGUGAUCCCAGGCCAUCGCGUUGUUCCUGCACAACCUCCCGUCCGACAGGCUACCAAGAAGAGAAAAGUCGGUCUGGACGAUUUCAACUUCUUGGCUGUCCUCGGUAAGGGUAACUUCGGUAAGGUCAUGCUGGCGGAGGAAAAGAAAACGAACGGUCUUUAUGCCAUCAAGGUGCUGAAAAAGGAAUUCAUCAUAGACAAUGAUGAAGUAGAGAGCACUCGUUCGGAGAAGCGCGUUUUCUUGGCUGCUGCUAAGGAGCGUCAUCCGUUUUUACUUGGUCUUCAUUCUUGCUUCCAGACAGAGACACGAGUGUACUUCGUUAUGGAGUAUGUCAGUGGAGGUGAUCUCAUGUUGCACAUUCAGAGGAAACAGUUUUCUCUGCGGCAGGCCAAGUUUUAUGCAUCAGAAGUACUCUUGGCCCUCGAGUACUUCCAUGCCAAUGGUAUAAUAUACCGGGACCUAAAACUCGACAACAUCUUGCUAACACUGGAUGGACACGUUAAAGUAGCCGAUUACGGCUUGUGUAAGGAAGAGAUGUGGUUCGGUCAGACUACUAGUACAUUCUGUGGUACUCCCGAAUUCAUGGCUCCGGAGAUUCUCCUGGAACAGCGCUACGGACGUGCCGUUGAUUGGUGGGCCUUUGGUGUGCUGACGUACGAAAUGUUGCUUGGGCAGUCGCCUUUCCGUGGAGACGACGAAGACGAGAUAUUCGACGCCAUACUGGAAGACGAGCCUUUGUAUCCGAUUACGAUGCCGAGGGAUGCCGUAUCCAUUUUACAGAAGCUCUUGACGCGUGAUCCUAACCGCCGUUUGGGAUCUACAAAAGAAGAUGCUGAAGAGAUCAAACAGCAGCCUUUCUUUAAAGAUGUUAGUUUCGACGAUGUACUAAACAAGCGCAUACCCCCUCCUUAUUUCCCCACAAUUAACGGCAGUGCUGAUACCAGUAACUUUGACGAGGAGUUCACUCGAGAACAACCAACUCUAACACCGGUGCAUGGUCAACUCUCUUCGCGCGACCAAGCAGAAUUCAAUGGGUUCUCCUAUGUUGCGGGUUGGGCCGAUAUAUGA